CAGAAACCACCGAGUUUUACAGGACAGAGAAACGACAGAUUGCGGAAGGCCCUCUCCCAGGCUGCACUAAACUCAAGCCUCUAUCCUGCGGAUUCUGCGCUCCCUUUCCGAAGACAGAGGGGUCCAGCAAGACACACCGGCACGCAUUCAGAAGCACUUCCCGAGACGGGCGUCUAAGCAAAAGGAGCAGGACGACUAUGGCGGCUCAGCCGUGGGGCGGAGACUGCAGAGGAUUCGUUCUGCUCUCCAUCCUCCUGGGGACCCUGUGGGAAGCCUGGGCAGGACGCAUUCUCUACUCAGUGUCCGAGGAGACGGACAAAGGGUCCUUUGUGGGUGACAUCGCCAAGGACCUGGGGCUGGAGCCCCGGGAGCUUGCGGAGCGCGGAGUCCGCAUCGUCUCCAGAGGUAAGACGCAGCUUUUCGCCCUGAACCCGCGCAGCGGUAGCUUGGUCACUGCGGGCAGGAUAGACCGGGAGGAGCUCUGCGCUCAGAGCCCGCGAUGUCUGGUGAACUUUAACAUCCUGAUGGAAGAUAAAAUGAAUCUUUACCCUAUAGAUGUGGAAAUAAUAGAUAUUAACGACAACGUUCCAAGAUUCUUGACGGAAGAAAUAAAUGUAAAAAUAAUGGAGACUGCAGCUCCUGGGGUUCGAUUUCCGUUAAGUGAGGCUGGGGAUCCAGAUGUGGGCACGAACUCCCUCCAGAGCUACCAGCUCAGCCCCAAUCGCCACUUCUCCCUGGCUGUGCAAAGUGGAGACGACGGAACUAAGUACCCAGAACUGGUACUGGAGCGGGUGCUGGACCGGGAGGAAGAGAGGGUUCACCACCUGGUCCUCACAGCCUCUGACGGCGGCGACCCGCCCCUAUCCAGCACCGCCCGCAUCCAGGUAACAGUGGUGGAUGUGAAUGACCACGCACCUGUCUUCUCUCUGCCUCAGUACCAAGUAACUGUCCCCGAGAAUGUGCCAGUGGGCACAAGACUGCUCACAAUACAUGCUAUCGACCUGGACGAGGGAGUCAAUGGGGAAGUGACAUAUUCCUUUCGGAAAAUAACACCUAAACUUCAAAAGAUGUUCCAUCUAAACUCACUUACUGGAGAAUUAUCAACUUUAGAAGGAUUAGAUUAUGAAGAAACUGCCUUCUAUGAAAUGGAAGUUCAGGCUCAAGAUGGUCCUGGUAGUCUGACAAAGGCGAAAGUACUGAUCACAGUUUUAGACAUGAAUGAUAAUGCUCCAGAAGUGACUGUGACGUCUUUAAGUAGCUCAAUCCCUGAAGACACACCUCUUGGGACAGUAAUUGCUCUUUUCUACCUGCAAGACAGAGAUUCUGGAAAGAAUGGUGAGGUGACCUGCACCAUUCCAGAAAAUCUACCUUUUAAAUUAGAAAAUUCAAUAGAUAAUUAUUAUAGAUUGGUCACAACCAAAAAUUUGGACCGGGAAACACUUUCUAUGUAUAAUGUCACACUCAAGGCCACAGAUGGUGGAACUCCUCCCCUGUCAAGGGAAACUCACAUCUCCGUGCAGGUGACAGACACCAAUGACAACCCACCCACCUUCCCCCACUCCUCCUACUCAGUCUACAUUCCUGAGAACAACCCCAGAGGGGCCUCCAUUUUCUUGGUGACUGCACAGGACCACGACAGCGAGGAGAAUGCCCAGGUCACUUAUUCCUUGGCUGAAGACACGAUCCAGGGGGCACCAGUGUCCUCAUAUGUCUCCAUAAACUCUGACACUGGAGUCCUGUAUGCACUGCAAUCCUUUGACUAUGAGCAGUUGAGAGAACUACAACUGAGAGUGACAGCACGUGACAGCGGGGACCCACCUCUCUGCAGCAACACGUCACUGAGCCUAUUCGUGCUGGACCAGAACGACAAUACGCCCGAGAUCCUGUACCCCGCUCUCCCCACAGAUGGUUCCACCGGAGUGGAGCUGGCGCCCCGCUCCGCAGAGCCCGGCUACCUGGUGACCAAGGUGGUGGCGGUGGACAGAGACUCGGGCCAGAACGCCUGGCUGUCCUAUCGCCUGCUCAAGGCCAGCGAGCCUGGACUCUUCACAGUGGGGCUGCACACGGGCGAGGUGCGCACGGCGCGGGCCCUGCUGGACAGAGACGCGCUCAAGCAGAGCCUCGUGGUGGCCGUCCAGGACCACGGCCAGCCCCCUCUCUCGGCCACUGUCACGCUCACCGUGGCCGUGGCCGACAGCAUCCCCGAAGUCUUGGCCGAUCUGGGCAGCCUUGAGCCCUCCGACGGUCCUUACAACUCAGACCUCACGCUGUACCUGGUGGUGGCGGUGGCCGCGGUUUCCUGCGUCUUCUUGGCCUUCGUGAUCGUGCUGCUGGCGCUCAGGCUACGGCGCUGGCACAAGUCAAGGCUGCUGCAGGCUUCCGAAGGUGGCUUGGCAAGCGUGCCGGGUUCGCACUUUGUGGGCGUGGACGGGGUGCGGGCUUUCCUGCAGACCUAUUCCCACGAGGUCUCCUUCACUGCUGACUCGCGGAAGAGUCACCUGAUCUUCCCCCAGCCCAACUAUGCGGACACACUCAUCAGCCAGGAGAGCUGUGGGAAAAACGAUUUGCUAACAUCCUUAGAUUUAAAUGAAUGCAAAGAUGAAGUGCCAAGUAUUCAGGUGAGCCCAGCCCUUCCUUUAUUUCCGUGA